GCGGCGGCAGCGCCGGGGGCAGGAGGCAGCGCCGGGGACAGGCGGCAGCGCCGCCGCGGGGCCGGGCUGGGACGGCGAUGGCGGGGCCGGAACGCGCGGAAGCAGGAGGGGGACGGGAAAGGCGGACGGACCCGCAGAGCACGGCCCUUCCGGUGGCGGUCGCUACGCGACGGCUGAACCAUGGCGGACGCGGGGCUGGCCGCGCAGCUCUGGUCGCUGCUGGAUGAGAUGGCGGAGAAUGACCCCCAGGCCUACCGCCGGCUCCUGCUGCAGCAGCGCGCCGAGGCCGAGCGGUUCUACUCCCCCCCGGAGCCGCACCUGUGCCUGCGGGCCCGUCCCGCGGGUGCUGCCAGGGGGCCGCUGUUCAUCAACAUCUGCAGCUGGAAAAGGGUCCCGGCGCCCCAGACCCCCACGGACCCCACACCUGUCAGCGCGGGGCCGCUAGAAGAAGUGUCUGGGGAAGGAGACCUUUACAGCGUUAUAGACAUUGCAUAUAACCCAGAUGUUCUUCAGAGAGGAGAAGAAAACCCAGAAAAAAGGGAGCACUUGAUCCAUUUGACACUUAAAUUCGUUGAGGAACGACACAACCUUAUUCUUUCUGACUGGUACACCACCGAGCCAUUCAAAUUGAAAGGAAGCCUGGAAACGAUGCAGCAGCGUCUGAGAGGAAGGCAGAUGCCAACUCUCAAUCUCAGUCAGAACACCAAGAAGGAACUGACGCUCGAUCAGCUGCUACAGACUAUGGAAGCCGAGGACUGCCGCAAUGCUCCUGCGCUGCUCAAGAAAGAGAGCGUAACACAGCCUAAAGCGCACCUGAUAGAGGAAAUCAGCAGUACUGAAAUGCCAGAGGAGCUAAGUACCCCCAUCUACAACAUUAUCACCGUCAAGGAUGCAAACAGUAAACCAUUCAAAAUUGAACUAAAAGUUGAAUUGCCUAAGGUUAGCUCUGUUUCCGAGUGUGAUCUGAGAAUUUCAAAGGAUGACGUGAUCAUUGAAGUCCCCGAAAAAUACAGAUUACAACUAGACCUGCCAGAAUUUGUGGAUGAAGAAACAGCUACAGCAGUAUUUAACACAGGAAAACGGGUGUUGUUUAUCACACUACCAGUUGCCAAGCCAGAUCCCUAAGAACUGCAUUCUGUCCAGUUUGUGUUCACGUAGGGCAGAACAAACCCAAAGUCCAGAAUAACAACCCUGACCUUUAGAUGAUGACGGGUUUUUUCACUGACGUUCUCAUUUUCAGGGGUGAAUACCUCAAUUGCCUUUAGAAGACACAUGUACAGAAGGAAGUCUGGAGGAACACUAGCACCCCCCACCUUAGGAAAACAAUAAGUAAAGGUUGUAAGUAUUCAAGGAGUACUUGAACAGGUGUAACAGCUGUAGUAAAGAAACAGAAAUGCAUACAUGCUUUACUACACCAUUCGUUUUGCCUAAAGGUACAGCAGUAACAGUUGUGAGAUCUUGUAUCUAAAUAAAUUGAUGACUGGAUUCA